ACGAGCGCGACGACGAGUGGCUGGACUUGAAGGAGGAGUACCUCGGUAGCCGGCCGUGGCGCAAGCAGCUGAUGGAGCUCUCCUACCUCUUUGCCGACCUGUUUAAGGACUUGAAAUCGGAAGUCGACCGCUUCGACGCGGUCAGCGAAAAGCUCGCUCUCGCCAUGUCGGUCGAUAAGACCCUGGUGCGGAAGCAGAAGUGGCUCGAGCUCGACCUGGACCCCAUUUUGCGCGGCGCGUACCAACAACCGCCCGAAGUGUACCUCGGGGACCAAAGCGUGAACGCGGGGAAUGGUUCCCCGCCGCGCAACGAUCUUCAUCAAGAUGCGGUGGCAAAGGAGGACACAAGAACGGCGUCCUCUGCUACUUCCUCUGGGAGCACCCCCGAUCAUGAAGAAAUAGACCCUUCGCAGGGGACUGGCGCUGCGGCUCGCCAGGAAAAUGAAGAUCAUCUUCAAGCUCAACAUCACCAGGCAAAGAUCAACGACAACCGGCAAGUAUUGACCUUUGACGACCUGCCGGACCGGCUGCGGCAGCGGUUCAUGCGGAAUUUUUUGUAUCAGAAAUUCAACGCGAAUUCGCUGGGUCGCGGCAUGAGCUACCUGAUCGAGGCCCGCGACAACCUCGGCGGCUACCCGGUGGAGUACUCGCACGCCGGUUGGAUGACCACGCUGCUGAAGGAGCUGUGCACAACCUGCCGCAUCACCAAGAUAGACGAGCUGGCAACGACCGGGUACUUGAUUACCUUGACAGCGCUCGAUGUGGACGAGUUGUCCGCGAACGGCGACGAGAACCUGGACCAGGAGGUGCUGCUCGAGGUUUCGCCGGAACCCUUUGGGAUCAACACGCCCCAGAGUCUAGCGAAGAUCAAGGACUUCAGUGUGUUUAACGUGGGCCCGAACUUCCACAACACCAUUUUCACGGGUUGCUACGGAAGCAGCUCCCGCAAGUCCAACCUGCUAGCGGACGGGUGGGCAAGGUUUUGGUCGUCAAGAACGCAGAAGUCAUUUUCGACGUUUCCACCUGAUAUAAUCCCCGAAGAAGCAAAGGACAAACAAAAUCAUGAAGAACUACAACCUGGAAACGAGAACUCCCCCAGUGGUACAACUAGUAGCGCAGGCCUUGACAUCAAGGUAGAGCAGGACCUCCUUGCGACCACGGCUUCCCGGUCGUGCUACGGCGUGUGGCGCCGGCGCCGCGCUGUGAAGGUCCUGCCGCAACAGGUGCUGCCGAUCGAGCUUUUUCUGGAAAACCAGUCCGAGGGAUUGAUCGGAGUGAAGUCUUUCCUGAAAGUCACGAUGGAAACUGUCGGGCGGCACUUGGCGGGCUACGCGUUGCACUCUCUUCUGACGAACAUCGUGAGCAGCUUGCCGCCGAUGGAGCAGGAUCAUCUUGUUCAAGGACAUCAAGCAGCGGGAGGAGGAGGAGGAGAACAUGAUGCCGAAGCUGCAAGUAGACGGAAAACGCUGAUCAACGAAAUAGCAAAACGCCGGUACGCGCCCCUGUUCCUGCCACCACGACCAGAACAGAGAGAAGCAGGACAAGAUGGCUCUUCUACAACAACAUCAAAAGUUAGGCAUGAUCUUGCGACAUCAAGUACAACCGCAGGAGCAUUCUACGACGCGAGGAGGUUUUUGAAGCUUUUCCUCGAACUGGCGCAGCGGGAGCAACAUGACGACCCCGCCCCCCUCACAGCCGCCGACUUCGAUUUCACCUUUCUCGCCAAGGGACUGCAGAUGUACUACGAAAAGUCCGUGGACCUUUCCUUCUACGAGUCGACCCGGCGGGCGUUUGGCGAAAAGUCGCUGGAGCUCUACCGCCAGCGGGUGUACGGGCGCAACCCGUUUUUCCAGGGCGCCGCGUACCUGCCCGCCGCCGAAAAGGUGGUCCAGCACCUGGGCCGCUUAUUCCGCGAGCGAACCAAGGGCGGCGUAAACGAAGAAGUUUUUCAGAGGCCGGGGAAGCAGGAGUUGCAGAACUACCUGGACAACUUGGCUGAUGGGACAGAAAUAAGCGAGGGAGGUACAACAACUUCUCCCGGAGAUGUUGAAGAAGGUACGGCACAAGAACCAAGAGCUUCUUCUACGUCUUCUGCAAAUAACUCGUCUCCCGCCCCAGCAAUUAAUCGUGCGAGCACAAUCGCCCCCGCUGUGAAAGAUCCGGCAUUCCGGUGUUUUGUGGUACCACUCAGACACUUGUUCGCCGGACGAGCCGCGAGCGCGGCUGAGCUUCUAUCCAAGUUGAAUACAGAAAAUGCGGAAAAAAGUUCCUCGACGACAGCCGGCGGCCCACAAGAACGAGAAGAUGAUCAUAGUCAACGGACCUCAGAAGUGGACGACACAGCACCACUGGGAACGGCGGCCGCGGACCGAGUAAAGCACGACGCCGCCCGCAAAUUUUUCGAUUUGCAGUACCAAAAUCCGGAUCUGGACCCCGACAUAUCAAAAUGAAAAAUUACCUCCCUCCCCACAUCAAAACGAAGUCUGUGAUGCUGGAUUUGCGUGCACAAAUCGGAUUUGUCUUGCUGGAUCGGACUGCAGGCCCAUACCGAGCCUGAGCAGAGAGGUUUUGGACUAGGUUCUUAGCAUGAGAAACGUCUGCGCUGUAGGCCCAACACAGCAUCACAAACCGCCUGCAUAAUGCGGCGGUUGUCUGUGGAGUUGCCUUCUUGCAAGACAGAGAUGAUUUGUGGUCGCAAAUCAGCAAUGCAAAUUUUCUGCGACGUACCUUUUCGCUAUGGGGAGGGGGGAUUUUUCCUCACAAUACGACACGAAGUUUCCGCACACCAUCAAACUAUGAAUUGCAAAAAUGUCUGGGUCUGCAAGAUUGCAACUUGUCAUGGUAAAUCUGAAGCAUGCAAAGAUCUGUGUUGCAUGAGUGCCAAAAGCGGCACACUUUUGACCAAGUUGGAAGGGAGUUUCUCAUGCAGGAUAGGCAUGGCAGAGACCUCGCAGAGUCUGUCAUGCUAAGUCCCGCACUCCAGACCUCAUGCGUCAUGGAAAAUCUGCAUGACAAGUCUACACUUUUCCAGACCCAGACAUUUUUGCAUUUGAUACAAACUGACCUACGACAACCACUUCGUCGGGUUCACGCCCAACGGGAAAACCGAGAUAGCCGUGUUCGUCAACGACGAGAACCACUUCGAGCUGCAACUGGACAACCAGAGCGACUUUGUCAAGGACGACUGGAUCGCAGACUUGAACUUUUGCAACGAGGCUUUUGCCGGGAACCGGGUGAGCGAGUACCGGGUGCUGGAAUUUCGGUUUGUGGACAAUGGAAACCUUCCGAUAGGCGAAGAGGAAAACGAGGGAGAAGAUGAUAAUCAAACGUUGACGAAUUAUGUGGACGAAAACACCCGCGCCGGCGCCAGCGCCACAGCUGAUCUUCAUUAUACUAGCGGCACGAAUGAUCUCCCUGCUGCAGCGACGAGAAAUAGAAAGCCGUCGUCUUCUAGUGCUCUUUCAUCUACUGCGUCUGAAACCACGACAAGUAGGAGCUCCAACAAAGAUGAAAUCAAGACCCAGGCGCAGUAUUCCGAGAAGCUGCUGGACUCCGCCACGCGUCGGCUGCUGCAAAAGAGCGGCAAGAAACACAAAUACAGCCGGGUGGUCAAGGGAAAGACGGGUUUCGAGCAGAGCACGAAGGUCGAGGGCAAAAUUUUGUACAAAACCGCUGCCGUGGUGUUCAAAGUUGCGGACGAAGACUUUCGCAAGAUGAAGGAAGUACAACAAGAAGAGCGAACGGACGGGGUGGACCUCCAACUACACAAAGACGCUCAUCAACAAAAAACUCAGUUCGUUUCGGUAAAAGACGAGCAGCUGGACCUGCAGUUUGCCUGGACGGACGACUUUGAUCCUGAUGUCUGUCUGCAAGACGAGCUGCAUAAAGAUUUCCUAGCGUGUCAGUCCAGGUUCGUCGAAGUUGAUAACGUCAUGUGACGACGAGGACGACGAGAAAAACAAGUGUAUACUACUGUUCCAGAACUUCUUGUUGGAAGGGCGAACGAAGAAACCUCACGUAUUCAACAGUGGUCUUCGCAUAUGAAUGUCCACUUGCCAACGACGGUUUCCAGAAGGAAAA